AUGUCGCCAUUAUAUGAUCCUGGAUUGUGGCAAUUCCCAUCAAUUUGGCAGGCUACAAUUACUGCCACAGGCGUCACGUCCGAAGCCCGUCAUUCUUUGAUAGAGCAGACGCUGCAAUCCACGGCACAAGGUGGUACUGCCAGUCGAAAGGCGAGAGCGCGUUCGAUGCCUCGAACAGGUGGACGGCUGUCUCACUCAUCAGCACCAUCAUCAUUUCCAUUCUUCGGCCUCCCUGGCGAGGUCCGCAAUCGUAUCUAUUCAGAAAUGUUCGCGGGUUCUUGGUUCGCUCUUGAUCUUGUGCAACGACCUUGUGAAGGGACAUUCAGCAGACCUCCAUUCUUCUCACUCAGCCUUUCCCAACAAGCCCGGCUCUUGGGAAUCAACGAGAGGAAAAUCAUCCAAAUAUUCCCACGUGAACCGACGCAUCUGUUCCAUGAAGCCUAUGUCCUCCGACAUAACGGCUAUCUGGACCUGGCAUCGAUCAACAAGCAGUUUCGGUACGAAGCAAUGCCAGUGUUACUGCGAACGAGUAUAUUUGCAUCUGUUGUCCAGGCACCGGUACAACUCGGUCAAUUUAUUCCACAGGCGUGGCGCAUCCAUGUUACUAGAGUCGUGUUUCCACUGCCAAUGAAGGUUGUCCCCAGCCUGGGGUACCUUGGCCGCCUGGAACGAAUACACUGGACCUUCGACGCAACGCACAAGUUUUCAGAAGGCGGAACGCUAACCCUUGCUUCGUUCUUGAGCAAGACUGACGAAACGCUCGCUGCAGUCGCCUUGCAGGUCCCAGAUGGUUCCAACAAUUCUAACCAGGUGGUGCUCACGCAUGUGAAGUUGUACCCAGAGCUCGAAUGGAUCGUGACCGCUCGCGUAAGAGUUUCAGCGGACUUAGAAGAGAACAGGCGAAAUCGCUACAAUUUGAGUCUGUCUGCCCGAUACGAUCUGAUCAUCAAUGCGAAGACCCACACGAUGAAGAAAUACUUCAGAGGACUGCACGGACGGAUCUUCAACACAGAGCAGUCGCACACAUUCUUCCCAGACUACUGUUCAUAUCGAGUCCGAAUGACCCCAAGGCUAUUGGAAAAGUACGAUCCGUGGCACUCCUGGGAUGGUGAAUGCCUGAAAUGGGACAUCGUGCGCGGGUUCGUCCUCGGUACUGUGAAUCUGCAGCUGGACGAAGUGACGGACGCGGAGUCGCUGCGCAUCCAAAGAUUGAAGAUCAUACCGCAGUUGGUGUUUCUGUUGGCGGCCAUAGCAUUGGUGCUUCUCGCCUUCAGCGCGGGAGAGACCGAUACCCGUAUGCACCCAUGUCGCGGCCUCUCCUAA